CUCUUACAGGCUUAUUGAACUUUUCCUUCUUCCAACUACCAGAGACGUUAGAAAGAAACGCCAACAUGUGUUUUGAUCUUGCGUUUUUGGAAGAAAAAUGGGGGACUUACAGAGGUUUAGUUUUUUAUUUAGUCCUCCUUUUGCCCGUUGCAGCUCAUCUAAUUAUAUCGCGAAAUAAGAGGCAAUUGGCCGUUCCAGCUGAAGGAAUUGUGUUAAAUGAAAAAGAGAAUGGAAAGCAAAAGAAAACGACAAAGAGGUUUACUAGAAAGAAUAUGAAGACUAGACCUGUUCAGUCAACUUCGAAGUCUCAGAACGAGAUUGAUUUGCAAAAUUCGCCAAUUUGCAUCUUCUAUGCCACUUUAGGAGGAACAGCUCAGAGAUAUGCUAAUGAAGUACACAAGUUGUUAUCGACGAAUCUUCAAAGAGAUGAUUUGCAAUUGUUGAGUUUGGACUAUAUCGAUUUGGAAGAAUAUUUCCUUUAUUGCCCAGAGAAUGCCGUCUAUCUUCUUGUUUUGCCCUCUUAUGCCAUUGAAAGUAGUUUAGAUUUCUACUUGUCUACUUUACGUGAGACUGUUUAUGAUUUCCGUGUUCAGAAAAAUCCAUUACAAAAAUUGUCUGGGUAUGCCGUGUUUGGACUCGGUGACAUGGACAAUUAUCCUGGUGAUAUGUUUUGCUAUCAAGCCAUUGAAGCCGAUAAAUGGUUAAGCAAGCUUGGUGCCCAACGAAUUGCUCCUAUGGGUAUUAUGAAUACACAAUUAGCUUCUGCAACUCAAAUUGACGUCUUAACUCAAUGGACAAAUUCUGUCAUUGAACAUAUGAGAAAAGGAACAUUGUUGCGCCCUAUGGAUGAAGGAGAAGGUAAUUCAGACGUAAUGGAUGUUGAAGAUAUGGGUCCGAUGAUGGCCAAAGCCAAGACAGAAGCUUCAUUGCCCAUUGGCACCAAGGAAAUGGUUUCUACCGUAUCUCCAACUUACAAAGCACUGACAAAGCAGGGUUACAGUGUUGUUGGCUCUCAUAGUGGUGUUAAAAUUUGUCGCUGGACGAAAUCUGCUAUUCGUGGACGAGGUUUUUGCUAUAAAUACAGCUUCUAUGGCAUCCGUAGUCAUUUGUGUAUGGAAGCUACGCCUAGUUUAGCUUGUGCCAACAAGUGUACUUUUUGUUGGCGCCACGGCACGAAUCCAGUUGGUACGGAGUGGCGCUGGAAAGUAGAUCCUCCAGAGUUAAUUUUGAAGGGAAUCCUAGAGUCACAUUACUCAAAAUUGAAAUUAAUGCGAGGUGUACCUGGAGUCCGCCAGGAUCGUUUUGCGGAAGCUUCUCGUGUGAGACAUUGUGCAUUGUCAUUGGUCGGUGAACCUAUCUUUUACCCAUACAUCAAUGAAUUUGUGGGAAUGCUACACGAACGAGAGAUCUCUUCAUUCCUUGUUACGAAUGCUCAGCACCCAGAAGCAUUCCAGAAGAUGGGAAUGGUGACUCAAUUAUAUGUUUCAAUUGACGCCAGCACAAAACAAAGUCUUAAGUCAGUCGAUCGACCCUUGUUUAAAGACUUUUGGGAGCGGUUGCUGACGUGUUUGGAGAUUUUGCGUGAAAAGAAGCAAAGGACGGUAUAUCGAAUGACUUUAGUGAAAGGAUUUAACAUGGAGCAAAUUAAAGAAUAUACUGAACUUAUUCGUUUGGGCAUUCCUUGUUUUAUUGAGAUUAAAGGAGUGACUUACAGUGGAAAUUCGGACCAGUCGCCGUUAACGAUGAAGAAUGUACCAUACUACGAAGAAGUUAUUGACUUCACAAAGAAGUUAAUUGAAAACAUAGAUAAGUACUUGGGAGAUUUAGGUGUCAAGUAUGAAAUUGCCGCUGAGCAUGCUCACAGCUGCAGUUUAUUGGUUGCGCAAACUAAAUUUAAAAAGGACAAUGUAUGGUACACGCACAUUGACUAUCCCAAGUUUUUUGAGUUAUGGCGUUCGAAAAAAGAUUUUGAUCCUUUAGAUUACGUAGCUCCUACCCCAGACUUUGCCUAUUAUGGUAAUGGUGGGUUUAGUCCCGAAGAUGUUCGAUUUGUCCGGAAACAGAAAAAUAAAGGUCAGCCAGGAACGACCCCGGCGCCUGCACCUGUUUCAGAGAUUGCUGCUUGAAUUAUGAGAAAUUCUUAGAUAGCAUAGGAUGUUUUAAGGUUUUGGGAAUUUUAGAAUAAGGAAUGACUCGAAUGUAUCUAUAUGGGUAUAAUAGGUAAACGAAAAAGAAUGGCUUUUUACAAAUUGUUAAAGAAUGGUUAAUUGUUUUAAUAAAUACUUUCAUUUCUCCUUAUAUUUAUUCAAUUAUCUAUGAAUGGAUCUUGAUGAAAACGGUUUGAUUGAAAUUUUCUUUUUUCCUACUUUUGUAAAUAAAC